UCAUGAAGUAUGUAUUUUUGUUUCGAGGACAUGAAGUAUUUAUUUAGUUGACUUUUAAUUGUGAUUUUUUUCUAGAUAAUUGACGAUUUCAAUAAGUGUCUCUAUGUACUUAAUUUUUUUUUGUUAUGCUAGGCACUUAAGUGAAUCAUGUCAGAAAGAUGGCAUAUCUGGGGUGUAUGGAUUUUGUGAUCCUAAUUAUAUAGCUUCAUGGACUCCAACUAUAGAAGAAGAACGAUCUGACUAUUUAUGUCGUGUUUUCGGGUGCAAUGGAGGCAAGAACAUUAAUCAACUAUUUUUUGCACCUUUCCAUGAAGAUCGACAUUGGAUGCUAGCUGUCAUAAGCCCUUGGAACGGAACAGUUUUUUGGCUUGAUCCUAGUGGAGCAGACUAUAUUCGUGAUUUUGCUGAACGGAUCAUUAAUGAAGGUAUUGUAAAAUUUAGCAUGGUUCAUCGAAAGGACGUCAAGAAAUUGAAAAAAAAUCCUGUAAGGUGGAACAAAAUACAGUGUCCUCGUCAAGCUCUAGGCUCUAAGGAUUGUGGCUAUUAUGUUUGUCGUUACAUGAUUGAAACUAUCGCAAGUAAACGGCAAUUAAUUCCUGAUAAGUACUUUCCAGGGAUUCCUAGCACUUAUUCCCAAGAGAUGAUUGACGAGUUAAGAGAUAUGUGGGUGGAUUAUUUAAACAAUCAAACACAAGACGAUGGAGAUUGAAGACACGACCAAGUUUGAAUUGUACAUAUUAUUUAAUUAUUUUCGAAUUUUAGUUUUAGUAGCUAGCAUUAGAUUAUAGAAAUUUUAUUUUAAGACAUUAUUAGAAGAAAUUGAUGUUUUGAAUAUAAUUUAUUUUGUAUAUAAAUUAAAUAUAGCAAAUAUU